GACGCGAACAGACCUUAGAGCAUUGGUUGCGAACGGGUGCGGACGUGUUCCGUGUUAACGAAAUUUUUGAAUCGUCCCAAUCGUCCCAUAUCCUCGGAGGAACGGGAAUCAUUAAAAAGAAGAUCAUUGCUUAUUCAGGCCGAAUCGUCUCUCAUAAACAGAGGGACGAGAGCCUUAAGGAAAAGAAAAUCAUUGCUUAUUUCGAUAUUUUCAAUUUCUAAAGAGGUUCGAUUACGUGUACAAAAGCUAUGGAUACACACAUAUUGCGAUACAUUUAAAUUUCAAUAAUGCACGUUGAAAAUCUUUUAUAUUCGAAUAAAUAUGAUCAUAAUUAUGUUGACAAAUUUAUAAAUAAAUUGGAUAUUAUAAUUAAAUUAAAAAGUAUAUUGAUUAACAGUGAAAAAUGAUGCAAUUGGAAACAAAUUAUUGCUGCAAAGAUAAGAUAUCAUCAACCGUUACCAGAUGUUCCGAACUAGAUCCUGCUCUCUCUCUGGAAUUAGAAAAAAUUAUCGAGAAGAUCAGUGCGCCUAAAAAAGGACUAUUGGCCUGUGACGAGUCACCUGCGAGUCUAGAACAAAGAUUUCAAGAAAUCGGUAUAGAUAAUACAGAGUCUACGAGACGUGCUUAUCGAGAAAUAUUGUUGUCCGCGGACAAGUCUCAAUUCUCGCAAUAUAUAAGCGGCGUGAUUCUGCAUCAUGAAACGAUCUAUCAGAAAACGUCGGAAGAUGUAGAAUUUGUUAAAUUUUUGCGUCGAAGAAAUAUUAUAGCCGGUGUAAGAGUUGAUCGAGGUUUAGUGCAUCUUUUCGAUACCGAAGACGAGAAAACUACGCAGGGUUUGGAUAAUUUACAGGAGAAUUGUAUUCGAUACAAACAGGAAGGCUGUCACUUUGCCAAGUGGAGAUGUGUUUUUUCGAUUUCGGAACGAUGUCCUAGUCAGUUGGCGAUGAUUACCAAUGCAAAUGUUCUUGCAAGAUUUGCCAGUAUCUGCCAAAGAGCACGAAUGGUUCCUAUAGUAGAACCAGAAGUAUUAAACAGUGGCGAAUAUUGUAUACAUCGAGCUUUGCAAGUUCACGAAGAAAUGCUAUCUAUCUUGUUUCGUACUUUGAAUAAAUAUCACGUGUAUCUUGAAGGAAUGAUUUUGAAGCCAGCGAUGGUACUGUCGGGUAUAAAAAAUGCAGUAAGAUGCACGCCGCAGAUUGUUGCCGAGUAUACACUAAAAGCAUUACGAAGAACAGUACCUACGGCCGUUCCAGCAAUUUUUUUUCUAAGUGGCAGUCAAACAGAUGAAGAAGCCGUGUUAAGUCUAAAUACCAUUAGCGCGUAUAGUAAUAAAAAACCAUGGAGGCUCAGUUUCUGUUAUGGACAUGUUCUACAGAGUUUGAGAGGAACAGAGAAACAUAUGCUCAUUAUCAUCAUUAUUAUUAAAUCAAUUAUCAAUUUAAUAUUGAUAUUACUAAUCUGAUUCAUCUUAUAGCUGUUUUAAGACCGAAAAUUUUAUUCAGCGCAUAGUUCAGUGAACUUUGAAAGGUAUAUAAAAUCACAUAAGUAAAUACGAAGUAAGGUUCCAGUUAUGAACGAAUAAGACAUAUUUUAUAUUAGUUGUAUUUUCACAUGUUUAGUUCAUUUUCUCUUAUUUAUAAUACAAAAAAUAUAUGUUUAACUUAUUUAU